AUGGUCCCUGCCCUUUGGUUGUACUGCUUGGUGCUUCUUCUGCCUAUAGAAUCCUGCAGGAUAUUAUGCCAGGCUUCCAGCAAAAGCAAGGAGAUGGUGAUGUCCAGACCACAUGAUGUAUGUGACGGUGUCUGUAAGGACAAUGCUGCCCCCUGCUUUCAAUCUUGCCCUCCAGAAAGUGAAGGCAACAUGAAAUUUUCCUGUAAGGCCAAGAAAUGGCACAAAGUCACAGAAACCUGCCACACUCUUAAUGCCAUCAGCAUCUUUGAGGAGGAUGUGGAAUUAUAUUCAGUCCAACCAUCUGAAUCAACUAUGGUUCUACAUGAGUUUCAUAGACAUCCUCAGACCAUAGCAGACAUGUUGAUGGAAAAGUGUCCAAAGGACUUGUCUUGCAUCAUCAAAAGCAUUCUGAAGUCUCCCCGGAUGCCAGGGAACAUUGCUGUGGUGGUACAGCUAUUACACAACAUCUCAACAGCUCUCACCAGAGAGGUCAAUGAGGAAAAGAUGCAGAGUUACAGCGCCAUGGCUAACCAUAUCCUUAACAGCAAAAGCAUAUCUAAUUGGACCUUCAUCCAAGACAGAAACAGCAGCUGUGUCUUGCUUCAAUCAAUCAAUUCAUUUGCAAGCAAGCUAUUUGUGAAGGAACAUCUCAUCAACAUAUCACAUGUCUUCAUUCAUACCAUGGGUACCAACAUGUCCAGGGACAGCCUUGGGAAGAAUUUCACUUUCUCAAUGCGAAUUAAUGAUACGAGUGAUGAAAUUACUGGGAGUGUACUGUUCACGACUGAAGAGCUUCAGAACGUUCCUUCUCCUUCCCAGGUCAUCAGCAUUGCGUUCCCAACUCUUGGGGCCAUCCUGGAGGCCAGUCUUUUGGAAACCACGACCGUGAAUGGGCUUGUCCUGUCUGUCAUUUUGCCUAAGGAGCUUAAAAAGAUCUCACUGAUGUUUGAAAAAAUCAGCAAGGCCGAAGGAAGGAAGUCCCAGUGUGUGGGCUGGCACUCCCUGGAGAGCAGAUGGGAUCGGAGAGCUUGUAAGCUGAUUCAAGAAAACUCCCAGCAAGCUGUUUGCAGAUGUUGGCCAAACAAGUCAUUUACCUCUUUCUCCAUUCUCAUGUCACCUGACACCUUGGAGACCCCGGUUCUAAUUUAUAUCACAUACAUAGGCCUGGGCAUUUCCAUCUGCAGCUUGGUCAUCUGCCUGUUCAUUGAGGCCUUUGUCUGGAGUCAAGUGACAAAGACAGAGAUUUCAUACUUACGUCACCUGUGUAUCGCUAACAUUGCAGCCACCUUGCUGAUGGCUGAUGUAUGGUUCAUUGUGGCUUCCUUUUUCAGUGGCCCAAUGUCACAUCACAAUGGAUGUGUGGCUGCAACAUUUUUUGUUCAUUUUUUUUAUCUGGCUGUGUUUUUCUGGAUGCUUGCCAAGGCUCUCCUUAUCCUCUAUGGAAUUCUGAUCGUGUUCCAUACACUGCCCAAGUCAUUCCUGGUGGCCUCUCUGUUUUCAGUGGGCUAUGGGUGCCCUUUGGUGAUUGCUGUUAUCACACUUGCUGUUACAGAGCCCGGGAAAGGUUACCUCCGACCUGAGGCCUGCUGGCUCAACUGGGACAUAACCAAGGCUCUCCUGGCCUUUGUGGUCCCAGCUCUGGUCAUUGUAGCAGUAAACCUGAUUACAGUUACACUGGUUAUCAUCAAAACCCAGAGAGCUGCCAUUGGUAGUUCCAUGUUCCAGGAAGUAAGAGCCAUAGUGAGGAUCUGUAAGAACAUUGCCAUCCUCACACCGCUGCUGGGGCUGACCUGGGGAUUUGGAUUAGCCAUGGUCAUCGAUGGUCGCUCCCUGGCCUUCCACAUUAUCUUCUCCUUACUCAAUGCAUUGCAGGUAAGUGCAGAGCCUUGGUAG